GCAAUCUGCUGUGGAAGAGACAGACUCCCAAGAUGCUUUGCUGUGUGGCGCUAUCCUGAGGUGGUCAAUGUCGUCGGUUCUCUUUGACAUGCCGUGGUGGCAGGCGCUUCUAAACUCCACCCUCAGCCUCAAUCAAAGCAACAGUAGUUUGUUCCUGCUUGAUGUCCCCUGCUGGCAGUCAAGCGCCAUGACACUUACACUAGUGCUGUGCUACUGCCUGGUGCUUAUUUUGGGUUUGCUUGGUAACAUCCUCCUCAUUUGCAUUAUUAUGCACCAGCGGGACCCCCCUAACGUCACUAGCAUCCUCAUCGCCAACCUUUCGGUUUCCGAUAUCCUGGUGAGCGUGUUCUGCCUUCCCUUCACAGUGGUUUACACGCUCAUGGACCACUGGAUCUUCGGUGCGCUGCUAUGUCGUCUAAUGCCGUUCGUGCAGUGUGUGUCGGUGACCGUUUCAGUUCUGUCCCUGGUUUUGAUCGCACUUGAAAGGCACCAGCUCAUCCUGCAUCCAUCAGGCUGGAAGCCGAGCGUCCCGCAGGCAUACAUAGCCGUCUUGAUUGUGUGGCUGCUGGCCUGUGUAACAUCAUUACCUUUCCUGGCGUUUCACUUGCUCAGCAGUGAGCCGUACAGUCGGCUUCCUGCGCCGCUCAGCCAGCUGCAGGUCUGUCAUGAAGUCUGGCCCUCUCAGCAACACAAACUAGCCUACACCACCAGCCUGUUACUAUUCCAAUACUGCUGCCCGCUGCUCCUCAUGUUACUUUGCUAUCUUCGCAUCUUCCUGCGGCUGCGACGCAGACAGCGCAUGCUGGAGCGGCAGUGCAGUCGCAACCGAGAAGACGAACACCGGCGUGUGAUGCACAGUAAACGCAUAAAUGUCAUGCUUGCCACUCUGGUGGCUGCAUUUGCUGUGUGCUGGCUGCCAUUAAAUGCCUUUAACGCAGUGGCGGACUGGCACCAGGAGGCGCUGCCUGUUUGUUACCACAAUCUGCUGUUUUCACUCUGCCAUCUGCUGGCCAUGAGCUCCACUUGCGUCAACCCCAUCAUAUAUGGCUUCCUCAAUAGCAACUUCCGCAAGGAUGUGGCCUCUGUGGUGCUACACUGCCAUUUUCAGCCACUCGAGGACAGCUAUGAACACUUUCCGAUGUCCACAAUUAACACUGAUGUGUCACGGACAUCUUUUAGACUCAGAAACAAUUCGGUAUAAUUGAGUUAAUGCUUAAUGUUAAUUAAUCUUAACAUUAGAUCAACAUUGAAUGUUUCACUCCAGUGCCAAAACUUUCACAAAUGCCAGCCCUAGACUUAGCUCUUGUAACCCAUAUGGCAAAAAAUAUUUUCUGGCCAAAAUAUAUUUCAAAUG